CAGAAAGUAGAGCGGUUUUCGUCCGGCCCUGGUUAUCUUUAAAGAAAAAACUUUUUGUUCUCCGGCAGUACAUGUAAAAGGCAAUAUAUCACUUGUGAUGCCGUCCGACUACAGCCCAGCAACAAAUAUCACACUAGGAGCAGUCAAUGCCAAUGUGAGGACCCAGAUGAUCAUCAGCACAGCAGAGAGAGUUUUUCACACAGGGAAUGUCCUCGUAGGUACCCCCUGCACACACACGCCCACUAUGGUUGACCAGGGACACAACCAGGAUGCCAACAAGUGGACCCCAGGGGCCAAGAAGCGAACGCAUGAUUUCAUUGACUCAUAUUUUUCUGACCGGGAUGGGCUGUGCUCAGGAGACUCUUCAGCCAGCAAGCGACUGAAGGGCGAUAAGAACGGGAAGGGCCUGAGGCAUUUCUCCAUGAAGGUGUGUGAGAAGGUGCAGAAGAAAGGCACCACGUCCUACAACGAGGUGGCCGACGAACUGGUGGCUGAGUUCACCCACUCCACCACCGUCAUGGCCACAGACUCGCAGGUGUAUGACCAGAAGAACAUCCGCAGGCGUGUUUAUGACGCUCUCAACGUGUUGAUGGCCAUGAACAUCAUCUCCAAGGAGAAGAAGGAGAUCCGCUGGAUCGGCCUGCCCACCAACUCAGCCCAGGAGUGUCAAAACCUGGAGGUGGAGAAACAGAAACGCCUGAAGAGGAUCAGACAGAAGAGAACUCAGCUGGAAGAACUCAUACUGCAGCAAAUCGCAUUCAAGAACCUGGUGCAGAGAAACAAAGUCAGCGAGACUUCCUCCCUGGCCCCUCCCCCUUCCGGCUCUGUCAUCCAGCUCCCCUUCAUCAUCCUCAACACAGACGUACGCACCGUCAUAGACUGCUCCAUCUCCAGCGACAAAUGCGAAUACCUUUUCAACUUUGACAACACAUUUGAGAUCCAUGACGACAUAGAGAUUCUGAAGCGCAUGGGGAUGUCCCUGGGCCUGGAGAGUGGGAAGUGCACCGCAGACAAUCUCGUUGUUGCCAAGUCCCUCAUCCCCAGGUCUCUGGAGACCUACGUCAUAGGCAUAGCAAGAGGCACCAGUCAAACAAGCUCUUUCCCAGGUGACCUGGACUCCGCCUCUUUGAAUGGAAGGCAGAGCUUCAGCCACAGUAGCGCCGCCCUCUCAGAGUCUCGAGGCCAGACGCCCAGCUCCUUCAACGAGGAAGAGGAGGACGAUGAUGAUGAACCCUCUUCCCCAGAGUGAUUUACGGACAAACAGACAGCCAGCCAGGCAUCAGUGAUGCACCAUACCGCUCCCUCUCUGGGACAGGACUCUUGUCUCCCAUUCUGUUCACAGGGGGAAUGUAAGUUCUCUGGGGAUGUGGCCAGAUAUACAGGAAAUAAGCUGCCAAUCAUUCAGGUCUGUGAUAAGAUAUUUUAGAAGCAUUUAUAUCUCGGUCUUCCUCUUAAUUUCUUCCUUGUUGUUAUUUUUUGUAAAUUACUUCCGUUUCGCUUUCUGCCCAGAGAGGCGAUAGCUGCGUAAUCUCAACUCCUCGAAAAAUGGUUUUGUUGUUUUUAGAUGGAGUGCAAUGUUUUGUAGGUGUUUUCUACUAGACGUAAGCACUAGGAGCAGUGCGGCUAUGCAUCAAAACGCUCACACUGUCUCGACGCACAAGACUCUAUGACUGAAUAUUUUGUGAUUAUUAAAGAUGUCUUCAUAUUUAUUUUCUUGUUACAUUGAAACAUGUCAAACGUAUAUGAAUAGUAUGCGUGUUGACGUAGGCUAGUGGUUUUGCGUUCUGUUCUAACUUUAACGCAACAACAAACAAACGUUACUUAUGAUACUGCUCUAUUCUUUUUGCAGUUUACUGUUAGCCACUUGAUGCAACUGUGUGGAAAGAUAUCAGCAGCAACCUUUAGCCCAGGUAUUAGCUCUACCUAGUCUAGAAACAAGGGUACAUUCUGGGUAAAUGUAGUUAUCUUUUAAGUGUGAACCAUUAUUAGUCUGUCUCAUCAAUGCCUUUUUUAAUAUAAUCCUUGAGCCAACAUGUAAUGGCCUAUUCCGUUCAAUGCGUUGCACCCUCCUGAAUGCGUCCUUGAUAUGUUGUCAUGACCUUUGACCCCUUGAGCUCGUUAGGCCCUACACUCAGUGGACAUUCCACUUGGGGAAACGUGUGUACUCUCUUUUAGAAGGUUAUGCUAUGUAGUUGCAGAAAUGCCUGGGUCUGUAA